UUGUCCGUCGCGUGGCUCGCCGUCAGGGCUGUCGCGUUCAGUGUGCGUGUGUUUUCGGGUGAAAUAGCCGUUGCCGGUACGGCUCGCACUGCGAAUUUGGUCGGUGAUUAAGUGGCAAUCCGUGUGGCUCCAGUCUGUGUUUGUGUGUUUAUAAGUAUGAAGCACGCGUGACGUCGGCCGUCAAAUGGGGCAGGGUGCCUCGUCGCAUCAGCCGCUGGAGAGGGGCCGUGGGACGGCCAACGCUGCCAAUGGCGUCCCCACAAGGAGCAAGUCCUUCCGCCGCAGCAAGCGGCAGGCGGGGUCGGCGCCGCGCGGCAUGGACCGGCUGCGGAGGUCGCUACGGGACUCUCUGCGCCGGCGCAAGGAGCACGUGCCCGAGAGCUCCAAGCCGCACCAAUGGCAGGCCGACGAGGCGGGCGUGCGCGCCGGCACCUGCAGCUUUCACGUCAAGUAUUUGGGAUGUGUGGAAGUAUUCGAAUCAAGAGGAAUGCAAGUCUGCGAAGAGGCACUGAAAUUAUUACGGAAUUCUAGACGGAGACCAGUGCGAGCCAUCUUGUAUGUUUCCGGUGACGGGCUUCGUGUCGUAGAAGAUGACACAAAGGGGCUCAUUGUGGAUCAGACAAUUGAGAAAGUUUCCUUUUGCGCCCCUGAUCGCAAUCAUGAGAAAGGAUUUAGUUACAUCUGCCGUGAUGGGACAACUCGUCGCUGGAUGUGUCAUGGCUUCUUGGCCCUUAAAGAAUCGGGAGAACGGCUCAGCCAUGCUGUUGGCUGUGCUUUUGCUGCUUGUUUGGAACGGAAACAGAAGAGAGAUAAAGAAUGUGGGGUAACCAUGACCUUUGAUCCUAAGAACUCCACUUUCACACGUUCUGGAAGCUUUCGGCAAGCGUCAUUAACAGAACGUCUCCAGGACCCUCAGGAACUGAAGCCCUCUGAACCACCUCCAGUGCGUCCAGCAUUUAACCCAUAUGCUAUUGAAAGACCCCAUGCUACCCCUUCGAUGCUGCAGCGGCAAGGAUCAUUCCGUGGUUUUGGGCAGUUGGCUCAGUCAUCACCUUUCAAGCGGCAAAUGUCAUUGCGUUACGGUGACCUCCCGUCGACGCUUGAAAGGCAGCGUUCCCUCAGUUUGGAAGGGUGUGAUCUCCGCAGACCUCCCCCUGCUGCAGUGAGCCCUAUACCAGAAGUAUCCCCUCUGGCUGACAAGUCAGGUAUCAGCGUCGGAGAUUCUGUGAGCGCCAUGUGUCAACAAUUGUCGCAAGGCCUGUCACUGCUGUCUUCGAGUGAGGACUUCCUCCCCGCGCGCACUUCACAGCAAUCUACGACGACUACGACCAGCUCUACCACAGCAGCCCGCCCACUGCCAGCGCCUGCCCCUGUGGCGUCCACAGCAGCAGCAUUCGCCACAAAUGCUGUUGCAGCUGUCCAUUCUUCUAACAGCAUAUUCUCUGCGACCUUCAACAGUGUCGGUGUAAGCGGUGGGGUGACAAUGCAAGCCAACAGCAGCACGGCAAUGAGCACGGUGUCAUCUGUUGCACCGGCCGUCUUGCCAGCCGUAGCGGCCGUGGCGCUGCCGGCAGCAGCUGCACUCCCUCCCGCAACAGCAGCCACUCACACUGCACCAGUUUCUGUUUCUGCGGCAUCUCCGGUGCCGGUCCCAGCUGUGACUGCCUCGCCGGCUGCAGCACCUGCUGUUCCCCCUCGCACGGGCACUCCAUCACCGGCCAGGCAGCCGGUGGCACUGCCUGUGAAAGCUCCGGCCAGUGGUCUCCCACAACCAGAUCAGUGGCUCGGUGCCGUAGUGGAAGCAGUGGCCCCAUCGACACCUCCGCGGCGCGCUCCACCCCUCCAGCACCUGCGCGCCCACUCUCUGGGUUCAGCUGAUGUCUUCUCUUCUGGCACACGUCGAGAUCCAUUUGAUGCCGAAUGGGCAGCUCCACCAUCUGCGACACGGGAGCAUCGAGCCACAAAUCCGUUUGCUGUGCAGCUAUAAUUGUGGACAUAUUUUGCAGACUUCCCUGGUUGCUGCUUUGUGUGAUAACUAUUUUGGAUGUUGCUACAUAACCUUCCCCAGUCAAGUGACAGUCUGAGUUCAAAAUUCAGUAUAUAGUUACAGGCAUUGUACUAGAGGACAUUUUAUUAAUAUGACUCCCCCUCCACCAUUUUCUGACCCUCCCCCCUUUUUUUCCGUGAAUGACAGAUAACAAGAAUACUAUUAUCUCCUUGGAAAAGCCUCAGAUUUUAUUUUAUUUAAUUCUUUCGUUAUACUGUGUCAGGCGAGUGAAGAAAAAAUGUGAAGAAUUUUUUGUGUACUUUGUUGCUUUUUGUUUAACGUCAUUUUAUUUAAUGCCCCACAAUUUCAUGUUAUUGAUGUUAUAGUAUUCACUUUUGUGUUGUCAUACCCAAGUAUGCCUCACCCAGAAAUCUCAGUUGAUGGAAUGCAGUUCAUGAUAUAUCUGUUUGUAUUAGAGGUAAAAUAGUUUUUAUAGCUGACGCGGUGUACCAUUGUCGUAACAUAAAAGCACACUACUUUUUUUCCUGUCUGUAAAUCAGAAUAACUUGGUUGAAGGUUCUCAAGUAUGACUGUUAUCAGAAAUUCUGUAAGAUGACAAACAUUGUGAUGUAGUAUUUAUUCCUUAAAAAGGCUGUGUUUUUUGCUUUGCAGUAGAAUUCAGGGCCUGCUCUUAGUUUUAUGGGAGAUGUUCAUGUGUUGUAAUCAUGCUUAGUAUCCAGUUGACAGACUGAGGAAAGGUGUGGGGUUUCAUACGGAGUGACUUCACAACUAGUUUAUUUUCUUUUUUUAAUUUUUCCAUGGUUUGUGCAUGGUAGCGUGUGAAGGUCAAUGGGAGGGACAAAGUGCUCUUCAGAAAAAUUUCAAUAUGGUGGUCUUACAGUCACCUGCUAUGAAAUAGUGACUGAAAUAUGUUUCUUCCAUUAAUGCCACUUAAUUCCCUGAUGUAUCAAGUGAAAAAGUUUGGGUAAUUAUUGACAUUAUGAAUUUGGCCCAUUUUUCAGUUGCUUGCUGUAUGUUAACGAAAGAAUGUUAUCUGUGAGACUGGUAAUAAGGAUUUGAAACAGGGAGGACACAGUACUGUUACUUGAAGUACUAUUCAUGUUUCUGAAAAGUUAUUGACAUGAUAUGUCAAAUUGUUGCCAGUUUUUGCCUCCUGACCACUGCUGGUGCUGCUAUUUUUUUCUGACUGAAUUGUAUGAAAGGUCUUAACUGGUGCUUAUGGUACUGAUUCUUCUGUUUAGAAGCCUGUUUUUCAUAUUGUAUUGGUUGUGAGCCAUGAAGCAACUCUGUUUUUUUAUAUUGAUUCAAAGUCUCUAAACAUGUACUUAAAUGUUGUGAAAGAAUAUCUGGGAACAUUUGUGUGUGUGUGUGUGUGUGUGUGUGUGUGUGUGGUGUGAAAGAGAGUGCAAAUUUUGUUUAUCUCUAUAUGAAAGGAAUCAAGAACAGGUGAUAAAAAGUAUAUGGUGUACUGCCAAAUAGUACGUUUACACAUACUCAUGUAAAUUCUAGAAAUACCUAAUACGUAAUCUAGAUCUUCAGUUUUAACAACAAAUAUGUAAAUAAUCAGUGAUGUUACAGUAUUAAAUGAACACAUGAAAUAUGUGUAGUGAGAAACUUUCAUAUUUAUCAAACAAUAUUUCUAUCUCACAUUUUCUCACAAUUGAUACCACAAGUACACUCACAUUAGCUUAAACGGAUGUGGUUUGCACGAAACAAGCACAAAAUAGGUAACUGCUUUUGGAGUCAAAUUUCUAAUGUGCAUGCAGAGACAGUAGUGAUUUUCCUGCUGUCACAAGAUAUGCUUGAUUAAUUCAAUUCAUUUGGUCUGUUAUGUAGAAUGCGCUUCUCUGCCUUGAAAGCCGUCACUCCUACUAAGGAGUUACCAGAUUAUGCUUUCCAGGUUGAACCUAGUUUUAGUUUCCCCAUAAGUUUCUCCCAGUAUUUCCUAAUCUCUGAAGGCAAUCACACAACAAGACAAGCAAAUUUGAUAAAAAAAAUAAUUGUGACAGUGACAACAGACUGUUUAGUUCAUUUUCUUUUUUCUGUUUCUUUCAUAAAUCAAUGCAAGUGGAAGCUAAAAAUGUGACCUAGUUAUUUACUGAACCUUACAACUGUCAUUAGAUCUGUGGCAUGUUCGAUAAAAUAUUGCGAAAUUGGAAACCACCUUUUUAAAAGACAGUUUUCAAAGGAUUUCACAGUCUCAGUUAACUGAAGCUACAUGUUGAUGCUUAGAUAUUACUCGUUGGUCUCUAUUAUGUAGUUUCUGAAUGGAGAGCCAGAAUAACUAGUGUAUGCAGUGGAGAGGUCGAAGAGGGGGCAAAUGCUGGCUAUAUUCCUUGAAAUAUUAAGCACAAAGAAAAUUUUAACUUAUUACAACUAGCUUGUAGACAAUUUGUUGUGUUAAAUAUGACUCAGAGUUUAGAAAUGUUUAAUUGUACCAUUCCCAGGAGGGUGUGAUGAGUCACCAACCUGAUUAAUUAUGUACUUAAAUUGUACUUACCUGUUAGAUAUUCAUCAGUAUUUGGUGCAGAAGAGAUAUUUUUUGAAUAUUCCUGUGGUCGGUGGGACCAGCACUGGCUAAGGUGCGGCCUCGCAAGCCGCCCCAGCCCUGCUUCUUGUCGUUCGUUAUAUUUGUGCUCGCUAACAUAGAAAAUAUAUCAUAUUGCGAGGUAAA